CGAAGCAACAAUACCACGUUAACGCGGUCGUAUCAAAGAGAGAUAACAAAUCAGGGAAUUGUUCACCGCAUAACGGGAAUUGAUUUGUCAGUCAACGAAGAAAUCGCCAGAAUUUGAUUAAAUAUUAAAGAAUAGAAGCAUUCCAAAAAAAGACUGGACAAGAUGAACAAAUCUGCGUUUAUAGUUUUCAUUGUUAUGAUGGUAAGCUUUUGUAUCGAAGCUAAAAAGUUCAAAGAAGAGGAGAAGCCGGCUUGGGCAAAGAAAGAUAUUCGCGAUUACAGUGACGCUGAUUUGGAACGUUUGCUCGAUCAGUGGGAGGAGGAUGAGGAACCACUGGAACCGGACGAGUUGCCGGAACAUCUCCGACCGGCAGCCCCGCUGGAUAUGUCACAACUGGACAUGAGCAACCCGGAGAACCUUCUGAAGACUACUAAAAAGGGUAAAACGUUGAUGACUUUUGUGACGGUCAAUGGGAGCCCUACCCGAGCCGAAACAGAGGAUAUCACCAAGCUGUGGCAGACUAGUCUGUGGAAUAAUCACAUCCAGGCGGAACGUUAUCUGAUAGACGAUAAUCGGGCUAUCUUCAUGUUCAAGGAAGGUUCCCAAGCGUGGGAUGCAAAGGACUUCCUGGUUGAACAGGAACGGUGUCUCCAGGUGACGAUUGAGAAUAAAGACUAUAAGGGCAAGCACAACCAAGAACCGGAGGAGGCAAAGGAUGAACUUUAAUAAGUAGAGCUUGAUUUUUGACUGCAAUAUUUGUCAUAAUGUGCAAAUCGAGUAUGGAUCUGUUGAUUACUCAUAAUUAAUUGUAUGACAUUGUGCGUGAAUGAGAAAUUGUUUGCGAGAUGCGAGAUUUUUUGAUUAUAUAAAAAAGGUAGAGAAAGCCUCGUUAGCCCGUGUUGAGCUUAUGUCGGAAUUAAUAUGUUUGAAAUAUAUUUAUUAUCGGUUUAUUA